AUGCAAAUUCUUGUGCAAGAAGAUGACCAAUAUCAGGAUUACUAUUUCAAUGCUGAAGAGAAUAUUACUGAUGAGAAAUUCCGUAUGCUGGAAGAAAGAUUACGUGUUAUGGAGAACGAAAAUGUCAUGGGGAUGGAUUUCAAUGACAUGGGUCUUAUUCCCGGGCUUAGAAUUCCAAAAAAAUUCAAGGUACCCGAGUUCAUCAAGUACAAAGCGAAUUCUUGCCCAAAGACUCAUGUGUGUGCUUAUUUCAGAAAGAUAUCUGCAUAUUCCAAUGAUGAAAAGAUGUUGAUGCAUUUCUUCCAAGACAGCCUGUCAGGAGGAUCUCUUGAUUGGUACAUGUCUUUGGAGAGGGCUAAUGUGCGAAGUUGGAGAGAGUUGGUGAAUGCCUUUGUAACACAUUACCACUACAACUCUGAUAUGGCUCCCAAUCGCACUCAGUUGCAGAAUUUGACACAGGGGAACAAUGAAUCCUUUAAAGAAUACGCGCAGAGAUGGCGCAAGUUGGUUGCUCGAGUUCAACCUGCACUGAUGGAGCGUGAGCUUGUCGAUCUCUUUAUGGGAACUCUUCAAGGAGUUUACUAUGAUCGUUUGGUUGGUUGCACCACUGUUGGUUUCCCAGAUUUGGUAACAGCUGGUGAGCAUGUUGAAGUGGGUAUCAAGCUUGGUAAGAUUCAAGUUCCUAGUUCUGGAAGUUCAUCUGAUAACGGUGAGAAGCCUUUCACGGGAUUUUCGAAGAAGAAAGAAGAUUCUAGUUCUGCUUGUAUGGGUAAAGGUAAAGGGAGAGCCUUUUCCGAACAAGUAGCUAUUGUCACAAUUCUUAUUGUUGCGCCUCGUCAGCAAACUCAGCAACUUAGACAACAACAACAGACUGCUCCUUGCUAG